ACAGAAAUAAAUAAAGAGAUGUUUGCGUUGGAAAUGUGAUCAGGAAAUGAAACUGUGUUCAGUUUAUGACUGGGAAAAAAACAGAAAUUAUUCAACCAAAAUCUAAAAAAGAAAUUGACUAUUUUCUUAGUCAGACAGACCACACAUUUUUGCUCAAUAACAAAGAACAUUGCAGGGACCAAAACCCACAUGUUUUUUUCAUUAUCAAAUUUAGCCCUAUUUAAUGAGGGUUUAUACAAUUCUACACAAAUUCAAAACAAUUGUUUUUAAAGCAUGAAUCGCAACUGAUUCUCAAGAUGGACUUUUGAUACGUUUUCUGCCAUUUGUAUUAAUUAUGUGUUGCUAUAGCACUGCACACUUGAACAGACCAUGAGUGUUUUGCUAACACUUCACCAUGACCUCUGACCCCAGAGCAUACUCUUCAGGAUGAACUCACUCUCAGGCUGCUGCACUGAUCUCUGUUCUUAUAUGUACGUUCUGCAGCUUCAGCAGGUGCAGGCGUCCUUGUUCUCUCCCCUCGUUUUACUUCAUUGCUGAGUUUUGGCACAUUGUUAUCCUUUCAUGGUAUUGACCAUCUUCCCAGAGGUUUGCAGUGGACACUGCAGACUCUCCAUCAUGACCUCAGUUGUGAACCGCUGCCUCUGCAGUUUCACUGCAUCAGUUUGUACUGUGUGUUUAAGCCUCGGUGGCUCUGUGCCCAUGUGUGUGUGUGUGUGUGUGUGAGACACUGGCUUUGUCUGUUGUCAUGGAACAGUACACUGAAGAUAUUGUCUGUGGGAUCAAAAGCAUAGUGCAAAUAUACUCUAUAUAUUGUGCUAAUUUAAUCAGCAAUUGCUGUUGAAUGAUGUAUUUCUCAGUUGAGAUUAUUUUGGGAUUUAUUUUUAAAUGCUACAUUAAUAAAAUGUGUUGUUUACACAAAUAAACUGUCAUUUUUACACAUUUUUCAGACACUUUAGAACAUUAUAUCUAUAAGAACCUUAGACACUUCGUCCAUCUUGUUCUUCACUCAGCAUUACUUCCCACAAUUCAGUAUGCCUCACACAGCUUCAUAUUCUUAACCAUCAUUUUACUGCUGCAGCGAAUAGGAAAACUGCAGAGAGCAUGCUCACUGCAGAUGCAGCCUGUGGAUUUGGCAAAUAUGGAGGAGAGGGAGGAGGAGGAAGAGGUGAAAGGGGAGGAGGGAGAACAGCUGAGAAGGAGCUGCACGGGGGAUGCUGUUGCAGCUCUUUGGAAUCAGGACUGCAUGGAAGCAUUUGUCAUUGAGGACGUAGAUGGAGCGGCAAAGGGGAAUACAAAUGAUGGGGGAGUCAGAGUGUGAUCUUACGAUAACAGCAGCUCUGUGAGAAGGGACUCCUCGGCGACACAGAGAUGUAUGCAUUCUACUCCCUUUUAGUCUACAUCUUCUACACUGUCUUUAAGAAGGAGGAGGACGAUGCACUGGAAGGGCCGUGUGCAGCCUCCUCAGACGAGCGAGGACAUGUUUCCAUGGAAACAAGGAGCAGGAAGAGAGAUGGCCACACCCCUAAAAUGGACAGAAAGGCUUGUUUUCACCUCAGUGAAUCAAGCAGCAGCAGUGACAGUGAUGAAAUAUCCCUGAGUGAUGAGGAUGAUGAAAAUGGCCUCCCAGCAUGCACUCCUCUGGCUGCAUUUCUGACCUUUAAACAGGAGACUGAGAAGAGAAGAGCCUCACAGGUUCAGCUGGAAACAGCAGGAAAGCUGCCAGACUCUCCCCUGGUGGCAGUCAUGUCCCACUUGCUGAGCUUUCUGGAGCAGUACUCCUACUUCCAGCAGCUGCAGCAACAGGCCAACCAGUACAGGGUCCAGCUGAAGAGACACCGCGUCCAGCACCGCCGGCAGAUGAAGGCGCUGCGGGCCUCCUACCGUCAGCGACUUAGGGACAAGAACAGCAUCAUCAGCAGCCUGGAGGACGCCAUCAGUCAGCAGCAGAGUCCCAGCCCACAGAGCGAGGGUGAGUCCAGCAGCGAUGCAGGGACACAGGCCGGGGUCCACAAACUGGUGGAGUCUCUUUAUGGCCUGCAGGGUGAGAGGAGUAAGCUGAGAGGAGAACUGCGUCUGCUGCACUCACAGCUGGAGCAGAAGGAGAAAGACAGACACUCUCGCAUUCAGGCGUUUCAGCAGCAGAUUGAUGAGCUCAAGAGUUGUAUAGAGGAGCGAGAAGAGGAACUGUCAAGACUGAGAAAUGCCACAGGAGCCACAGACUCAGAGAAGCGCGCGCUGUGUCUGUCAGCAGAGAACGAGACUCUGAAACAAAGUCUAAGUGUCACUCAGGGCCUCCUGCAGCAGCUGUCGUCCAUCCCAUCUCAGUCUAGCACCAUGCUCAUCAAGGAAAACGAGAACCUCCGCAGCAGAAUCCAGCAACUGGAGAUCUCUCUCCAACAGCGUGCAGAGCAGCUGUCACAUCUGGAGCGUCAGAACGAACAGUGCGAGUGGAGGAGAGCGGAGGAGCUGAGGAAGCGGGAGGACAGGGUGAGGGAGUUGCAGCUGGAGUUGGACAGAGAGAGGGUGAAGGAGCCGGUGGUGAAGUAUGUCACUCAGACGGUGGAGGUGGAGUCGCCUGCUACGCUGAAGCAGCUGAGUAAAGCCAAACAGAGGAACCAGCUCCUGUCUGAGAAGCUGUGCAGCCAGAAUGAACGCUGCAAACAGCUGGAGCAACAAAUCAGGAAAUCAGACGAAUACAGCUGCAACCUCCAGCACAAGAUCGCAGCAUACGAGCGAGAAAUCAGUAACCUCAGAGAGGAACUGCUGAAAGAGAUUGGCCACUUGGAGGAGAAGAAGGAGGAAGCUGUGAAGGCUGCUGCCAGCUGCUCAGCAGAGCACUUUCAGAACCUGCAAGAACAGUUCUUCACCUUGCAGACACGUCUGACUGCACUACCGCCGACUUUACGCUCCAUGAAAACAGACUACGCCAGUCUGAGGAGCCAAGUUCGCAACUUCUCAGACUUUUAUGGAGCAGCUAUUAAUGACGCAAAAAAACAGAUUACUGCUGCCAUCAAUGAGAUGUCUGAAGCCAAUCAGGAUCUUCUGGAGAAGUAUAGGAAGGAAGUCGCUUUACGCAGGAAGUAUCAUGAACAGCUGGUGGAGCUCAAAGGCAACAUUCGGGUCCUGUGUCGAGUGAAGCCUGUGCUCAAAGAGGACCAGCAUGAGGAGGGUCAGUCUGUGGUGGUAACAACUGACCCCAACAAUGAGUCCUCCCUCAACGUGCUGAACAAAGGGAAGGGUCGCAUCUUUGAACUGGACAAAGUCUUCCAUCCUCAGGCUACGCAGGAAGAGGUUUUUCAGGAGAUUGAACCUCUGGUGACGUCCUGCAUUGAUGGUUACCAUGUCUGCAUAUUUGCAUAUGGACAGACAGGCUCCGGGAAAACCUACACCAUGGAGGGGAGUGUGGAGAAUCCAGGCAUAAACCAACGAGCCCUGAAACACCUCUUUGGUGAAAUCGAGGAGAGGAAGGACAUGUGGUCUUACACUGUCACUGUCAGCUCUGUGGAGAUCUACAAUGAAGUACUGAGAGACCUGCUGAGUAAAGAUGGAGAAAAACUCGACAUCAAAAUCAACCCAGAUGGAACAGGACACCUGCACGUUCCAGGACUCAGGUUGAUUGAAGUUAGAAGCUUUCAGCACAUUAAGAAGAUUUUAGCUACAGCCCGUAGAAACAGAAUCACCUUUGGGACUCAGAUGAAUCAGCACAGCUCUCGCUCCCAUGCGUUGCUGUGUAUCACUGUUGAAGGCACAGACCUGGCAACAGGCUCCAAAACCACUGGUAAGCUAAACCUGGUGGACCUGGCCGGAUCAGAGAGAGUAUGGAAAUCCGGUGCAGAAGGUGAGAGGCUGAAGGAGGCCCAGAACAUCAACCGCUCUCUGCUGGCUCUGGGAGAUGUGAUUCAGGCUCUGAGGGCGCGACAGACUCACAUCCCUUUCAGAAAUUCUCGCCUUACAUAUCUACUACAGGACUCUCUAGGAAAAGGCAGCAAGACCGCCAUGGUGGUGCAGGUCUCCGCUCUGGAGAGCAACGUUGGAGAGACUUUAUGCUCACUCAAGUUUGCUCAGAGGGUGUGCAAAGUGGAACUGGGCCCUGCGGCUAGGAAGAUCGAAGCCGGAGGAGGCCCAUGCGAAUGAUGGUCAGACAAUCACCAGGGAGUGUGCAUUAAUCAGAUCAUCAUCCAUCCUACUCAUGAUUCAUAAGGCUAUGGUUUCAACAUCCUCACUGCUGCUCAAGGGGUACAUCUGUGAGAAGUCUACGGGCUGCUUUAAAUGCCCCGCUCGAAUGUUGGGUAUUGAAUCUGUAGUCAGCUUGAAUCCUUAAAGAAUCUGCACGUAAUGCCAGAACCAUCUCUGACUGCCUCAGUGUUCAAUAUGAUGCUUCCUUGAACCGGAGUCUCUCAGUUUUUUGUUUUCAUUUCCAAAAGCCAGGAUCUACUGUAUCAUCCAAAGGUGAAGUAUCGACGCAUAACAUCACAGCUAGAAAUGUCUGUUAUUUGUGAACUUAUCGCCAACAUUGUAUACUCUUUAAGGCUUCAGUGCAUAGACAUUUUUUUGUAGGAAAUGUACAGGCUGUUAUGAUUUAGUCACACAUGUAAUAGUUUAAAAAAACGUUUUGUGCAACGUAGAAAAUGCUGUUGUUUCAUCGAAAGCCUAGUUAUGUUCAACGCUAAGUACGCAAAUUGAUCCUUUUGUCCAUCCCCUGCGUUCGCAAUGUGUGAAUAGGGUGAACGUACCCACAUGCAGCAGUACCACUCGUCGACGUGGGGGCGGUGUUGCGUAGAAUAGCUUAAAUGUGCCCACAAGAACAAAACAACCGAAACGCGACGGGAAUGUUGUAACCGGGGCUGUUCUCCGUCCAACGUCCGGCUGUAUUUAUUUUUGACAGGCCGUCGCUGUCUUCUACACUACCUCUGUUUGGACCUCUUUCUGAGCAGGAACAGUCGUCGACACGGCCCCUAGUGGAUGAACUGCUUAACAACCAUGCCAAAUGCAAGGCAUGCGGGAGUGUGACGUUAGAAAUCAAUAUUAAACCUAUUUACAUAUGUAAAUUCACAUAUAUUCAGCAAAUAUUUAGCUUUUACCCUUUAUUUGUCUUUUAUGAAGAUACGAAGCUUGCCUUCUUCAAGAGCGGGAAAACAAUGAAAUGUGCAAUAUGGCCUUCACUUAGGAGACAGUUUAGGCCUAAGAAGACAAGAAGAUGCACUUUAUGGUUAAAGGUGUUUUUAAGGCUCUUUUUGGUGCUUGCAGUAGAUUGUCACUAGUGUAUGUCAUACCAGGAAAUAUGUUUAAUCACCCACUGGAUCAGAACUCCAUGGGAUUCAAAUGUAGCAAAACAUGUAACAUAGAAGUAAUGUCAGCAUUACAAAGUACAUUUCAGGUAGUUUUCUGAAUAAACAAUGUGCUUAAAACGUGUCUGUUUAUCUAAUGCUCAGUGACUGUUGUUUUUGUUUUGUUUUUUUUUAAGUAUAUUGUUGCAGUCUUUAUCAACACAUAUUACAAGAAAUACAAUACACAAGUAUGGAUUUGUCUUGGGCAAGAAAUAUUCGCUUCAUAAACGUAUCUGUAUUUCCUUACUGUACUUAUCCACCCCCUUGUGGAGAAGUGAGUUACUGAUGAAAAUACCAGGACAAAACAAACAUUGAUUAGACUAUAUAU